GUCAGUGUCCCGCCUCCCACCGAAAGGCAAGGCAACUUCACGCGCUGAGCCCCUCACGCGCCCUCCUGGGCCCUGGCGGAUCCAGAGGCCGCAUUGGCUGUGCGUCUCAAGGGGUCGGAGACGAUUGGCCCGUGUUUGCAGCCGGAGGGAGGCACGCGGCUGGGGUGCAUGCCCAUAGAGGCGGGCGGGGCUGGACGCGCCGGGCGGGGACCCGGAGGAGGGGCGCGCGCUGUGGCGUCGGGUGUUUUGGUUUGGAUUUUUUUUUCCGCGAAAGAAGUUUGCUUUGGCCACGCCUCAAGGCGGCCGCCUCCUCCUGCCCCCUCCUCCGCCCCUCCGCGCACACCUCUCGAUGCAGAUUGCAAAGCGCCUUCCGUUGCGAGAGCUGCAGAUUUUGCAAGAGCCAGGCUCGCCCACCUUGUAGAAGGAGCGCCUUGAGUCCCCUCUCACCCUCGGUUGCAAAGAGCCGGCCGCUUGAUCUGGACACCCCCUCACCCAGACUGCAUGAUCUCCCGGGACCUUCUUGAGUUGCACGUUUCUGCACCAAGGACCUCAAAUCCCCGUCGCUUCUAGGAUUUGCAGCGUUCUGGAUACUGGAGGGUUGCAGGCUACACUCGCCCGCCCCUGGGCAGACACCCGUCCAAACCACUGGAGUGUGCUGGUGACUGGCAGGCUAGCCCUUCGCCUCUCCAUGAACCCGUGAGCCUGGGGGCAGGUGCCAGGCGAUGGCGCGGCCUGUGAGCGACAGGACCCCGGCCCCUCUGCUGCUGGGUGGCCCGGCCGGGACACCCCCUGGCGGGGGAGCGCUGCUUGGGCUGCGGAGCCUUCUGCAGGGGACCAGCAAGCCCAAAGAGCCGGCCAGCUGUCUCCUGAAGGAAAAGGAGCGCAAGGCGGCCCUGCCUGCAGCCACAACCCCUGGGCCAGGCCUGGAGACUGCGGGCCCGGCGGAUGCCCCGGCUGGGGCAGUGGUGGGCGGCGGGUCCCCGCGGGGGCGCCCGGGGCCGGUGCCCGCCCCGGGUCUGUUGGCGCCACUGCUGUGGGAGCGCACGCUGCCGUUCGGCGAUGUGGAGUACGUGGACCUGGACGCCUUCCUGCUGGAGCACGGGCUCCCGCCCAGCCCGCCGCCCCCCGGUGGCCCGUCGCCGGAGCCGUCGCCCGCGCGGACGCCCGCACCCUCCCCAGGGCCGGGUUCGUGCGGCUCCGCUUCCCCCCGCUCCUCUCCUGGGCACGCCCCCGCCCGGGCUGCCCUGGGGUCCGCCAGCGGCCACCGCGCAGGCCUGACCUCUCGGGACACACCCAGCCCUGUGGACCCAGACACCGUGGAGGUGCUGAUGACCUUUGAACCCGACCCAGCUGAUCUUGCCCUAUCAAGCAUUCCUGGCCACGAGACCUUUGACCCUCGAAGACAUCGCUUCUCAGAAGAGGAACUUAAGCCCCAGCCAAUCAUGAAGAAGGCAAGGAAAAUCCAGGUGCCAGAGGAGCAGAAGCCUGAGCGACAGAGCGAGACUCCAUCUCAAAAACAAACAAGACUUUGCCAUACCCUUCUGUAAGACACAGCUACUUGAAGCACCUAGGACUGGCCUGUAAGUCAGAUCUACACCAGUGGUUUCUCCUUCUAGAGGGCCCUGUUGCUAGGGACUGGAUUUACCCUCACAAGCAGGAACUGGGCUUUAAUUAAAUGGUGGAGCGGAGAGCAUCUUACUGAGCCCAGUGGUCCUUGGUUACUAAGGAGGAGUCCUCCUUAGGAACCAACUUCCAGGAUGGGAGGACUUUAGGUAUAAUCCUCUGGGGAGGUCUCAGGAUAGUCCCCUUUCCUAAGAGACAGCUCUUCUCUCAGUCAGGUCCUGCUGGGGAGGAGGCUAUUCUCUGGCCUCAGUUCAAGGCCAGCAGGUCAGAGACUGGCCACAGUCAUUGAAACCACUUAGAUCUCACUUUUGUUUGCCAAGGAUGGAUGAGGUUGCCUUGGCAACCAGGUCAGAAGGCCCCAGCUCUGCGAGGAUUUUAUGGGACACCACACCCCAUCCCCAGGGCACCAAGCUUUCCUUAGCAACCAGGAUCUGGAAAGGCAAUAUGCAGGGCAGUGCUCUUCAUUGGGAGAAGCCCUCAGACCAUGAAGGUCUUGUUGCUAGGGAACAAGCAUCCUUAGCAAGCAGGAGCUAACUGCAGGCCUUUAUCAUGUGGGGAGGGCUGGGGUCCGCUUUGCAGAGUGGAGACUUGAAGCGAGUUGCUUGAGGGUGUGGGGGUCUAUCUCAUGCCUUUACUGUUGCUAGGGGCCCAAUCUCCUUAGCAACCAGGGCCCUAGAAAGGCAGACCCUUGGGUACCUAUCCCAGCAGAGACCUGGUGUGGUUUAGGCCCUGCUGCUGGGGCUCCCUUCCUCUUUAGCUGGGACCUGGGUCCCUCUGGACCUCAGUGCCCUCCCCGUCU